UGUUCCUCCUUACUUCCACAUGACGCCAUUUACUGCAUAAACCCGACCUCCUCCGGAAAAAAAGAAAAAAGAAGAGAAAACCUCGGUGUGCAAAGCAGCCAAACAUUCGGCAACCACAGUAACGUUUCUUGAGAACUAUCCAGCUUGCACGGCACUGAAGGUCUUUUGCUAAAUGUGCUGGGGGCCGUUUUGAAGAUCUCCGUACAUUGCGUUUUGAUGAAGAAGUACUGCAGGGAUCUGUUGGAUUCUCUUUACUUUAUUUGAAAUUAUUUGUUUGUUUUUUUUUAUUGUCGCGUAAGCCCUCGUGUUCGUUUGGAAAGGAAUGUGUAUGUUUUCUCUUUUUUGCAAUAUAGAAGUGGAUCAGGAGUUAUAAUUGGGAUCAGACUGUUCUGCUGGAUUUUGUGGAUGGGUGUUCAACAUAAGAGUGAUUAGGAAAUUGUUUUCCUACUUUGGAUUUACUAAUUCAAGGAAAAAAGAAGAGGGUGGCAGUGGUGCGUUCACGGAUUUCAGAUGUGUUCUACGCCUGCUGGAGGAAUCCCUCUUCAGAGUAAAGAUGGAGACAAGAACUCAAAUCAGCAGUGGUUCUCCUGCACUGCUGCAUCUUCUGCGUGACAGCGGGAGGCAGCAUGCAGGAGAACCUGACUCCAGGGAUACCUUGACUCAGCAGGCCCAGGUGUUGUCACUUGAUCAGAUCAGGAUAAUUAGAAGCUCCAAUGAGUACACAGAAGGACCGAUGGUGGCUCCUAGACCUGGGAGUAAACCCAUUGCUCUCCAGUCUACUCAACACAAAACGGACAAUGUGAGUGGCAUGACAAAUGAACAGGAGCAGCAGAGGUUUAUCCACAGAGAUCCACAUCACUACCAUACACGUUCUUCUCGGGUGGCUUUGUCCCAAUCUACUGAUGCAGUGAGCACUGGUUCAAGGAGUAGGACAACUACAAGCAGUACUUCCUCUGAGCAGAGGCUCUUGGGAGAUUCUCCCACUGAACGGAUAAUCAGGGUGCAGCCAAAACCUUCUGAACUUAAGUCAGAGGAGCUUAAACCCUUCACUAUUGAGGAAUGUGGAAACCAUGUGUAUCGCUGUGAAGACUGUGGAAAAUGCAAAUGUGAGGAGUGCACUUACCCACGGACUCUUCCCUCUUGCUGGGUUUGUGACAAACGGUGCGUUUGCUCUCUUCAGAAUUUGGUGGACUAUGGUACUUGUGUCUGCUGUAUUAAGUGCCUGUUUUACCACUGUUCAAGUGAUGAUGAAGACAACUGUGCAGACAACCCCUGUUCUUGCAGUCAGUCAAACUGUUGUGUGCGGUGGUCUGCCAUGGGCAUAAUGUCCCUAUUUCUGCCUUGCUUGUUGUGUUACCUUCCAGCCAAGGGGUGCCUUAAGGUGUGUCAGGGCUGUUAUGACCUUGUCAAACGACCUGGCUGCAGGUGCAAAAACACCAACACCAUCUGUUGCAAGAAUUUAGAUUCCUCGGCUCAGAAAUUUGAAAAGCCGGCACAGGAAACAUCUUAUCAUAAAGGACGUGCAACUUCAGAAACAAACUAAUAAAGUUGUAGUUCUGGCACUGUAGAAGCAGUGGAUUGGGAUUUGCUUAGCUCUUUGCAGUGGCUCACACUUUUAGCCACCAUUUUGUCUAGGGAUGCAUGUGGAUAAAGCCCAUCUGUUUUUUUUUAAAGACUAAGUCCAGAAAUUUAGUCCUACAGACUCUUAAUACAACUUAUAAACUACAGCUGCAAAUUUUCCUGCCCAAUUGUUUGCUUGUGAAUAGUUUUUGCAAAAUAUGUAAAUUAGCAUUUUUUCUGCCAGAGAUAGUUUUAUUUUUGUACAUAUAAUAUUUCAACUGUGAAAAAACGUGGUGCCAAAGCAGUGGCAUCUUGAGAAAAAAUAUUAUACUAAUAUGUUGUACAUUCAGUUGAAUGUGAAUCAAUCAGUAUGUUGUAGACUGUUGUACCUUACAAAAGUCAAACUGUAAAAGAAUCUUAUCCUCUCAACUUUACAUGUACAUUGUACAGUGACCAUAAGAAACAGCCUUUAUAUUCUAAUUUUUCAACAUAUUGUUUAGUGUAAAGAAUAUUUAUUUGAAGUUUUAUUUUAUAAAAAUAUAUUUAUUUUAAAAGGCAUCAUAAAGAUAUCACCCUAUUUAAAAAUAAAACGAUCAUUGUUGUUGCAAAUAAGGGUGGCAAAUCAGAUGCAUAUGUGCGCUGCAAAAUAGAAAAUAUAUUAACGUUUGAAAUUAAA